AUGAACGUUCUUUCCCUUCUUCUUCUUCUCCUGCUCUCCGUUCUCCUCGUCAGUGCUCAAAUCCAGCCGAGAACGUGAGUGAAGCCUCCCAGACACCCCGCAAUCCCCUGUUUCCAGGUCUCCCCGUCGCACAAUCCUCCGCCCGAUGACUCGCAAUUCGGGUAAAGGUGAACUCCCCAACUAUUUCAGUCAUUCUCUGUUUUUUCAGUUGGCCGAAGAGGUCCAGUCCCUCCUGCUCCCGUUCGUUCCCAGCCGCAGAAGGUCGUUCGUGAGUCGUGGGAAUGAAUUCGCAUCUGGUAGAAUAAACGGUUUCCAGAUUCGCCAGGAUUCAAGCCGCCAGUCGGAGUUGCGAAGAAGUUGAAUGAAGCCGUUGACUUCAGAGCUCUUGCACGAGUCCUCUUGAAGCAAUAA